AUUUCGGUCACUUCUUGCUGAAAUCCUGAGGUGGAUUUUUAUUUUUGGUCUCCAGGAAGAAUGCACUGCAGUAGUGUGUGCUGUAACCGCUGGUCAUCUCAGGAGAGGCUUGAUGGAAAAACAGUCAUCAUCACCGGAGCCAACACUGGUAUAGGCAAAGAGACGGCCAGGGACCUGGCGAGAAGAGGGGCACGCAUCAUCAUGGCAUGCAGAGACCUGGAGAGGGCAGAGGAAGCACGGACGGUCAUUUUGGAAGACACAGGAAAUGAGAAUGUUGUCAUCAGGAAACUGGAUCUAUCUGACACCAAGUCCAUCAGAGCUUUUGCUGAACUCAUCAUCAAAGAGGAGAAACAAGUGAAUAUGCUGAUAAACAAUGCAGGCGUCAUGAUGUGUCCAUACUCCAAGACUGCAGAUGGUUUUGAACUGCAGUUAGGGGUCAACCAUUUGGGUCACGUCCUCUUGACUUACCUGCUGCUGGACCUCAUCAAACGUUCGGCUCCAGCCCGUAUUGUUGUUGUGGCAUCAGUGGCCCACACCUGGACUGGGCUUCGACUUGAUGACAUCAACAGUGAGAGGAGUUAUGAUACGAUGAAGGCCUACGGACAGAGCAAACUGGCUAAUGUCCUGUUUGCACGCUCACUAGCCAAACGGUUACAAGGCACAGGGGUGAGCGUAUUCUCUCUGCACCCGGGGGUGGUGCAGUCUGACCUGUGGAGGCACCAGCACCAGUGUAUUCAGGUGGCGGUGAAGAUUUUCAGGAUUUUCACCAAAACAACAGUGGAGGGAGCACAGACCACUAUUUUCUGUGCUGUGGAGCCAGGCUUGGAGAGCCAGAGUGGAGGGUACUUCAGUGACUGUGCCCCUGCAAGGUGCUCAAGGACUGCUUCUGAUGAUGACCUGGCCCAGAAACUGUGGGAAAUCAGCUGCAAUAUGCUCGGCAUCACCUGGCAAUAAAUAGUGUGAAAUUAGGUGUGCAGUGAAGGGCAUUGUGUGCUAUGUAUAAAUAUCAUCUUUCAAACAGCACUGUUAGCACUUUUAUAGAGGCAUUGAUGUUUCUGUUACUGUUGUAAAAACGAUAUAUUUUAUGACUUAUUUUAUGUCUCAGUGUACAAUACAGUCCAAAAACCACAGAAUCACUACCAAGAGCUCCUUUGUUUUAUAAAUGUCAUAAAGAAUCUUAUGUUCAUUCAAAUUGCAUUUAUUAAAAAAGAUUGCAUGACCCCUGUAUAAAACAGUUUGUUCACAUUCACUGACAGUCAAAUAAUUUUCUGUACUUUUGAUAGAAUUUGAAAAAUGUUGAAGAAAUAAUUUUGAACUGUUUGAACCCUUAUUACUGUGCUUUUACUAACUUAUGUGGUUAUUCUUUGUUUUGUUGGUUUUGUAACUAGUGUAGAUGUAGUUCUAGUAAAUAUGUUAGCUUAUAAAAAUACAUUAGCCAGCAUGAUCUUGCUUUUGACCCAUUGUGAAAGUUUCUCCUACGUGUCCCUUAAAAACGCUCAGUUCGCAAUGUCGAGUGUGGCAGAGUGAAAGUUUUUGGCACUGAGGAGAACAAUUUGACUCUAAACUAAACAGCCUUCAAAAGUCAUUUUUCAAAGUAACAUUUGAAUGAGAUACUCUACAUCUGUGGUUUACAUUUAAAGCACUUAGAUGGCAAUAUGAAGUGAUUCCUGUUCUGCUUUUGUAACACUUAAUGUAUCAGAAUGUACCUUUAUUAUUCUCUAAAACUUUAUCUCAAAUUAUUUUCUUCAUUGAACUGUCUCAUUGAAUUGCCUUGUAUUUUACAAUAAGCAGUUUCAGAUGCCUUUUCUGUUAAUAGGUAAUAAAUGAACCACAAUACAGUUACAUAUGGUUGUAAUCAUAAUGUGGUUGUGAUGUGUCAACAUGUUGAGGCUUCAGCAGAGUGUCUGACAUUGGGAAUGUGUUAAUGUGGCACCAUUAAUGUAAAAAUUAAAUCUGUUAGA